GUACAGCAGCGACGCGAACCCUCUUCCUCGUCGUUCAUUGAUUACGCCCUUUAGACAACAAGUGAGGCCCCUCCCCUUCUCUUUAGUGGCGCACGUAGGGCGACGUGCCGACGUAAACACGCGCGGGUCCCUUGGUUACGGGGUUCUCUUUCACAUUUUCCUCCACCCUGCAGUCCGUGACAACAGCAGCAAUGGCGAAACCCCGUGCAGCAGCAGCAGCAUCCACCCCGGCGCCUUCUCCGGCCCCCAGCCCGGGCUCCGAACCCCUGUCCUCUUCGCUUACCCCGUCUGGGGCCGGUUCUCAGCGCCUGCUCUUCUCACACGACCUGGUCUCCGGGCGGUACCGCGGCUCGGUCCGGUUCGGCCUGGUGAGGUUGAUCCAUGGCGAGGAGGAUUCGGACACAGAUUCGGACUCAGACACUGGCGGCGGAGGAGGCGGCGGUAGCUCAGACACAGAGAGCGGCCGGACGGACUCUCGGGCUCGGCUUCUUGGAAGGGGUUAUGUGAGGGUGCAGUGGUACCCAGAGGGGGGCAAACAGGACGUCCGGGAAACCAAGCUAAAAUUAGAAGAUCGCUCAGUUGUGCCUCGAGACAUGGUGCGACGCAUGGGCCCGAAUGAAAGCCAAUGUGGAACGGUAGUGGACAUCAACAUUAAAUGUGCUGUGAAGCUUGUGGGGACUAACUGUGUUCUGUACCCAGUGAACAGCAGAGAUCUGCAGCACAUCUGGCCAUUCAUGUAUGGUGACUACAUAGCCUACGAUUCAUGGCUCGGAAAAGUCUAUGACCUGAAGAACCUUAUUAUUCUGAAGCUGUCAAAUGGAGCCAGGUGCUCAAUGAACACAGAAGACGGGUCAAAGCUUUACGAUGUCUGUCCCCACGUCAGUGACUCGGGUCUUUUCUUCGACGACUCGUAUGGGUUUUAUCCUGGCCAGGUGCUGAUCGGCCCCGCCAAGGUGUUCUCCAGCGUGCAGUGGCUGUCCGGGGUCAAACCAGUCCUCAGUAAGAAGAGCAAGUUCAGGGUGGUGGUUGAGGAGGUGCAGGUGGUGGAGCUGAAGGUCACGUGGAUUACAAAGAGUUUCUGUCCAGGGGGAGCUGAGAGCGUGUUUCCCCCGGCCUCAGUCAUCACCCAGGAAAACCUGUGCAGGGUAAAGCAUUUGGGCUACUUUGACCAUGCUCAGUGGCUGCUGGGAGAGAGAUGUCUGUACGUCGUCCCAGCGAAAGGAGAUGUGACCCAGAUAACUUGUGAAGGGCCAGAGGGGACUACUGUCUUACCGGACGGCUCGAUGGCCAAAAAGGUAAAGAGACUGCUGAAGAAAGAGAGUGGGAAGAAGACUACAAGCGUGGCGGACAGUCAGGCCUCAGGGGGCCAGCCUGCAGAAGAUACGGAAAGCCCAGAGAACCCUGAAGAAGGGGAUGGGAAGCUGGGUGAGGAUCAGGUGAACGGAGUGACCCAGCCAGACUGCACUAACAACGGGCCGGUGCUGGGGGAGGAGAGGCAGGCCGCGGUGGACCUGUGGGUCCAGUCGGUGGAGCAGGACGCGGAUGACGAGGCCGCGGAGGACACAGAUGACACGAGCUCGGUCACCUCGUCUGCGAGCUCCACCGCUUCCUCCCAGAGCGGCCGCAGGAAGAGCAUCCCCCUCUCCAUCCGCAACCUCAAGAGGAAACACAAGAGGAAGAACAAGAAGAUCUCUCGCGAUCUGAAACCGGGGGACAGGAUUGCAGUAGAGGUCGUUUCAACAGAGACGUCCGCCGAUGUGAUGUGGCAGGACGGAACGCUGGAGACAGAUAUCCGAUCCAACGAGCUGUUACCCAUCCAUCAUCUGGACAACAACGAGUUCUGCCCGGGGGAUUUUGUUGUUGAUAAACGCUCUCAAGCACCUCAAGACCCAGGCAUGUAUGGGGUGAUCCAGUCUGGUGAUCACAAAGGUCGAACCUGCACUGUGAAGUGGGUUAAACUGAAACCAAGCGGUGAUGAUGUGGAGGUAAUCAGAGAAGAGGAUGAUGUCAGUGUGUAUGACAUCGCAGACCAUCCUGAUUUUCAUUUCCGAACCACUGACAUCGUCAUCAGGAUAGGGAAUGCAGAGGAGGCUCUGGCUGCUGACAGGGAGAAUGAGCCCUCGGUGGGACAGGUAGCACGCGUCGAUGUCAGCAGCAAAGUGGAGGUGGUGUGGGCCGAUAACUCCAGGACCAUUGUACUGCCUCAGCACCUGUACAACGUGGAGUCUGAGAUCGAGGAAUCGGACUACGACUCUGUGGAAGGCAGCAGCAGUGGAGCCUCUUCAGAGGAGUGGGAGGACGAGAGCGACAGCUGGGAGACGGACAACGGGGUGACCGAGGAGGACCACCCAGGUGAGUCCGCCCCGGCCCCAACUCCCACCGCGCUCCCCGAGGAGGAGCUGCAGGGAGCUGUGGGAGCCGCCGCCAUUGCAGAGAAGCUGCCCAAAGAGGCCACCCCCAGGGUCUUUAAGGAGCUGAAGGAGGCCAUCAAGAUCCUGGAGAGCCUGAAGAACAUGACAGUGGAGCAGCUGCUGACCGGCUCACCCACCUCCCCCACCGUGGAGCCCGAGAAGCAGACCAAAGAGAAGAGGUUCCUGGACGACAUCAAGAAGCUGCAGGAGAACCUGAAGAAGACGCUGGACAACGUGGCCAUCGUGGAGGAGGAGAAGAUGGAGGCCGUGGCCGAGAUGGAGGAAAAGGAGGAGAAGAGCCAGGAGCCCCAGACCCCCGUCCGCUCUGAGUGGCCCAGCGACACCCCCGUGCUCUGCCAGCCGAGCGGGGGGAAGCCGGGGGUCACCUUCACCAGCGCCAAGGGAGAGGUCUUCUCAGUGCUGGAAUGGGCUCCAGAUAGCCACGCUUUUAAGAUAAUGGAAUUCCAGCCGGCUGAGGCGAAGAAAUUCUUCAGCACAGUGAGAAAGGAGAUGGCACUCCUAGCAACAUCUCUCCCCGACGGCAUCAUGGUCAAAACCUUUGAAAGCAGAAUGGACCUCUUUGCGGCGCUGAUUAAAGGCCCGACGCGCACCCCGUACGAGGGUGGGCUGUUCCUUUUUGAUAUCCAGCUGCCAAACAUCUACCCUGCGGUCCCUCCGCUGUUCCAGUACCUGUCCCAGUGCAGCGGCCGGCUCAACCCCAACCUGUACGACAACGGCAAGGUGUGCGUCAGCCUGCUGGGCACCUGGAUCGGGAAGGGGACGGAGAGAUGGACGAGCAAAUCCAGCCUCCUUCAAGUGCUCAUUUCUAUACAAGGGCUGAUCCUGGUCAACGAGCCGUACUACAACGAGGCCGGCUUCGACAGCGACAGGGGUCUGCAGGAGGGCUACGAGAACAGCCGCUGCUACAACGAGAUGGCCCUGAUCAAGAUGGUCCAGUCCAUGACCCAGCUGCUGCAGAGGCCGGUAGAGGUCUUCCAACAGGAGAUCAGAGAGCACUUCUCUGCAAGCGGCUGGCGGCUGGUGCACCGCAUCGAGACCUGGCUGGAGCUCAACGAGCUGGCCGAACGGAGCAUGGGCCACAGGGAGUGCAGCAGGACCCCGGAGCCCGGGGACGAGCUCUCUGCACCCGCUGCCUGCUCCGAGGACAAGGAGGAGGAGCUGGAGGACUCCGGCCUGGGAGCCUGUACCACCUCCCCCCAGGAGACCAGCCAGCAUUCGGACUCUGAGGGCGCCGGCCCGGCCAGGGCAGUGGAGGGGGGUGCUGCAGCGGCAGGACCGGGUGAGCUGAGGGUGUCCCAGGACUCUGCAGGGGGCCAGCCCAGCGUCAAACCAAAGAAAAGGAGAAAGAGCUACCGGAGCUUCCUGCCGGAGAAGAGAGGAUAUCCAGACAUCGGCUUUCCUCUCUUCCCACUCUCCAAAGGAUUUAUUAAGAGCAUCAGCGGGGUCCUGCAGCACUACCGCGCUGCCUUGGCUGCUGCUGGGAUACCGGAGAGGAGAGAGGACAAAUAACGAUGGGCAUCGCACCUUUGCACCCUCCCUCUCCUAGCUGCCCCACAACCAACCCCACCCCAAUACAACUGCCUCCUUUCAUCCCUCUGCCUCCCCUUUAAAUCAGUGUUCUCCAGCAGUCAGGGUUAUACAUACCAGGGACCCACCCACCAGCCCAGGCUCAUAUUCCCAUUAAAUAUAACAUGCAGCACAAACGGCAGAAGAUUUUAAUCAGAUUUUUUUAUGCUCUUGCUAGAGUUUAUAAUAAACCCUAACAAAUACAGUUCAAAAAGCAGCCCUGAUUUACGCAAGCCUCUGAUGCUUGGGGAGGUAGAGGGGUCCCCGUUAUAAAGCACACUGUGAACAACACUGAUAGUGCCAAGACUGUUACUCACAUGUGUGUGCUCACAAGCACUCUCCAAAUAUUUCACGGGGGGGGGG